CGGCGAUGGACAAGGCGGCCCUCUCCACUUAUGACGAUGAGGCCCUCGAUAGCAAGAUCUUUCGCUCUUCACUAGCUACUUGCAUAGCCCUCGGGGAGCAUGCACAGAGGCUCGAGCAAUGGCGCCUCCAGAAGGCGGAGCAGGAUCGGGAGAUGAAGGAGCUUGUCCUGAAGAACUCUGAUGUUGUGAAGCAGAUGGCCCUGCUGGAGGAGGAUCUCCGGAAGGCUACCGAGGGCGCCGAGCAGAGGAUCAAGGCUGCCGUGGAGGAGGCCAGGCUCGAAGCCGAGAGGGCUGCCAAGAAAGUUGCCGAGGAGGUGGAGUCCGCCAAGGCCGAGGCCAUCGCCGGAGCCCGAGAGGAUGCUGUUGCUGCAUUCAUGGCCGAGGGCUGGAAAACCAAGGACAGGCAGCAGUGGGUGGCCUCGGUCGUGGAGUCUUCAGUAGAUAGCUGGGUGAAGGGCCCCGGGGCCGACUGGAUGGCAGAGAGGGGAGACAACUAUUAUAAGGGAGGUGAAUUCUUCACCCAACAUCUAGUGUACCGGAGGCUCGCCAGGCAUUUCAAAGUCUCCCUCGAGGAGUUCGACCCCUCGGCGUAUGGCCUUCCUCCUCUGCAGCCGGAUGUAAGAAACCACCUCCCCCUAGGAGAAGAGAGGCCGGUGAUCCACGAUUCCAUGAUGAUGGGG